GGUCCAGGUGCAACGGGGUGGCCUGGCUUGUCCUUGCUUUGUCUUCCUCUGGUUUCCCUUCUUGACCUCACCUGGCCUCUUGAGCACCAAGAAGGUGACCAGUACCUUUGCCACCUACAGCAUUUACAGCAUGAGGGAGGUGGCAGUGUUCUGUACCCCGGGACUUGUCUUUUUUGCCUCCCUUGCAGGUCUGGAUAUAGAAUUCACAGGCCUUCGUUCUAACCUGUCCAGGCCCCAGCAGAUCAGUCUUUUUGACUUGCCGUCAGAGUGGUAUCUAAAGACUCGUCAGAGUGUUCAGCAAUUCACAAUCUGUCAGAUAGGAUUGUCAGUGUUCUCCAGUAUUGAAGGAGAGUCAAGCAAGUAUGUAGCCCACUCAUGUAACUUCUUUCUCUUCCCUACAACGUUUGGGAUUUUGGAUUCAGAGUUCUCUUUCCAGGCUUCCAGCGUUCAGUUUUUGAAUCGGUAUGGCUUCGACUAUAACAAGUUUCUCAAAAAAGGAAUCCCAUAUAUGAACGAAGAACAGGAGAAGACAAUAAAACACAGCAUCCUGACUGGGAACUGGAGAGUUUGCAGUUCUCUGCACAAAGACCAGAUCAAAGUGGUGAUCGAUGAGGUGACACGCUGGCUGGACCUGGCCGAGGAAGGCGACUGGAUGACCCUCCCUGAUAUCGCUGGCUUCCAAGCCUUCGAGGUCCAGCUCGUGCUGAGGAAGGCCCUCCCCGACAUCUGGACGAUGCUGAGAGAUCAUGGGGUGAUAGUGAAGAAAGUGAGUAAACAGCAUCGCUGGUAUCUUGAGAACACCUCAUGUGAUCGAGAGAGCUGUUGGAAGGAGAAGACUCUCCUCUCUGCAAGGGGUUUCUCUGUGUUUUUCCAGAUGCUGGUGAAAGCCCAGAAGCCCUUGGUGGGACAUAAUAUGAUGAUGGAUCUGCUACAUCUCCACGAGAAGUUCUUCAGGCCUCUCCCAGAAAGCUACGAUGAAUUCAAGCUGAACAUCCACAAUCUAUUUCCUAUUCUUAUCGACACCAAGAAUGUGACAAAGGACAUCUGGAAGGAACUGAAUUUCCCAAGGGUUUCAAGUCUCUCAGAGCUUCACGACAUCCUGAACAGUGACUUGAAUCCCACGAAGGAUUCUGGGCCAGUGAUUAUUCACGCAAGCAAAUGUGAGAAAUACGUUGAGACAAAGUACCCCCAUGAAGCAGCGUACGAUGCCUUCCUCUGCGGAUCAGUUUUCUUGAGGGUGGCACACCUGCUUCUAUGGAGAGUGCACGGCUCUGUGCCCGUGCCCGAGCCCUCCUUCCCUCUCUACCUCGAUGUUCUGGCGCCUUAUGUGAACCAGGUGAAUCUUAUCCGAGCCGGGGUCCCCAAGAUCAAUUUUUCUGGUCCAGAUUACCCCAGCAUCCGACCUCCCAUCCUCAUCCUGAGUGUCAGGAGGUGGCGUGGGGUCAGCGAGCAGCAAGUCUACCGCGAGUUUCAGAAUCUCUGCAAAUUUGACGUCCGGAGACUGACGCAGAGCCAGUUCCUGCUCCUGACCAACAGGUUUAAGGAUGCUCGGAGCGUCCUGAAGGAGUACAGGGGCCACCCGACCCUGCGCGUCUCCCUGUACCGGUACUGGAGACACUCCCCGAACAUCAACUGCUUGUUACAAGUCUGUGGCGUGGUCACCACCUGGGCCCUUGUCGCCUUUCUCCUUGGAAGACCUCACCCCUGAGUACAGCGAGGCUGCCUGCAGCCCUGUCCCGUCUCCGCACAUCCUGGGGCGCCCGUCCUGAGUUUUGUUCAUUUAAAUCCUACCCUGCUUGCAGGUGGAUCUGCAUGGAUCAGAAACUUUGUUACAUUUUCUGAUGUGAAAUUCUGUAAAAACUAUCAAUGGUAAA